CCCAGCACUGGCUCGAUUCUGGGAAGAGAGGCUUCCAGAGCUGCAGUUUCGCUUUCCUGUUCCUGGACUUUCUGUGCCCUGCACUUUGGGCCCCUCCCUUCCCUGCUGUUGCCCACAUUCCUGCGUGAGGAGGGCAGAAGCCAGAGAUGAUUUAAGUCCUCAGAGCUCCUCAGAGCCCUUCAGCUCUUUAUGGGGAAGGUCAGCACAGUUUCCCUCUGUGCUGGCCCCCGAGCCCGGCCCUGCACUGCCCGGGACGGCAGGUGCGGGCCGAAGGUGUUUCCUGUGCCCGGCUUCUCACAGCCAGCAAUUCAGCUCUUCUAGCGGAACCUCAGGAGCUCAACUCUGACACCAGGAGCCCGUUCUCUCUAAGAAACUGGUAUAUGACAAUGAUCCUGAGCUUGAGCCAACGUCUGUGAUCACGUUCAUUAAUCAAAAAGGCACGUUGUUUCCUAUGACCCUGCCCUGGACUGCUCACAGCCAUGGGUCAGGCCUCCUCCUCCUCCACAGCCUCCAAUAGAGAGACUGGCGAGUUAGCCUCCAGCUUUGACAAGUAUUUCAAAAAUGUCAAUGUGACAAGUAAACUGCUGUCAGAGGAGAAUCAGGAUUUGAUUCAAUCCUAUCUGAGGAAGGGGGAUACACAGAAAGCAGCUUCUGUGAUCAAUGCGGCACUGAAAGACAUCGAGAAUGCUCCACUGAGCAUUGCACUGACUGGGGACAGUGGAGCAGGAAAGUCCACUCUGAUCAACGCCCUGCGGGGCAUGGGGCAUGAAGAGAAAGAUUCAGCUGCCACUGGGGCAGUGGAGACCACCAUGGAAAGAACCGAAUACAAACACCCGAAGUUUCCCAAUGUGUCGAUAUGGGACCUGCCCGGCAUUGGGACCACCAAUUUUCCUCCCAAAAAAUAUCUGAGGGAAGUAAAGUUUGCUGAGUAUGACUUUUUCCUGAUUGUCUCUGCCACCCGCUUCAAAGCCAAUGAUGCAGAAUUGGCCAAAGCCAUCACCAAAAUGAACAAGAACUUCUAUUUUGUGCGAACAAAAAUUGAUAAUGAAUUAAAUAGUGAAAAAAGAACUAAACCAAGAACCUUCAAUAAGGAACAAGUCCUGGGAAAAAUCCGAAAAGAAUGUGAAACAGAGUUGGAGAAAGCUAAAGUGACUGAUGCUCAAAUCUUCUUAGUCUCCAGCCUUGAUGUGUCUGACUAUGACUUCCCUCAGAUGGAGACCACGCUUCUGAAGGACCUGCCCGCUCACAAGCGUCACAUCUUCAUGCUGAGCCUGCCCGCCCUUACAGAAGCUGCCAUUGAUCAGAAGAGAGAUUCCCUGAAGCAGAAGAUCUGGCUGGAAGCGCUGAAGGCCGGAGCAUCGGCCACUGUCCCCCUCAUGGGCCUCUUCAGUGAUAGUGAAAUAAAGAAAAUGGAGGACACCUUGACCCUCUACAGGUCUUCCUUUGGGCUGGAUGAUGAAUCCCUAGAAAAGAUGGCAGAGGAUUUGCACGUACCCCUGGAGGAGCUCAAGGCAAACCUUCAGUCUCCCCGCUUGAUGUUGGCUGAGAGUGGUGAGUCCUUUGGGGAGAAGAUGAAACAGAUUGUUGAGAAGGUCUUAGCAGUCACUGGGGGCCUCAUUGCCACUGGCCUAUACUUUGGAAAGAACUUUUAUUUGCAAAAUUAUUUCCUUGACACUGUGGCAAGCGAUGCAAAAGCUCUCCUUAAGAAAGAAGAUCUUUUCCGUGACCCACAUCCUCCCUUGCACUCAGCUACCUGCCCAUCGUUCUCCACAGACGCUAACACAGCGAGUGCUAACUCGGCCUCCAGCGUCAACCAGUAUCUAAACAAUUUCAAGACCGAAAGUAGAAUCCUCUCUGAGGAAACCAGGGCCUUGAUUCAGUAUUUUCUGGAGAAAGGGGACUUUCCAAAAGCAGUUUCUACAGUUAACUCUGCACUGCAAAACAUCGAGAAUGCUCCCCUGAGCAUUGCGGUGACCGGGGAGAGUGGAGCCGGAAAGUCCACUCUGAUCAACGCCCUGCGGGGCAUCGGGCAUGAAGAGGAGGACUCAGCUGCCACUGGGGCUGUGGAGACCACCAUGAAGAGAACCCAAUAUAAACACCCGAAGUUUCCCAAUGUGUACAUAUGGGACCUGCCCGGCAUUGGGACCACCAAUUUUCCUCCCAAAAAAUAUCUGAAGGAAGUAAAGUUUGCUGAGUAUGACUUUUUCCUGAUCGUCUCUGCCACCCGUUUCAAAUACAAUGAUGCAGAAUUGGCCAAAGCCAUUGCCAAAAUGAAGAAGAACUUCUAUUUUGUGCGAACAAAAAUUGAUAAUGAAUUAAACAGCGAAAAAAGAACUAAACCAAGAACCUUCAAUAAGGAACAAGUCCUGGGAAAAAUGCGAAAAAAUUGUGAAACACAGUUGCAGGAAGCUCAAGUGACUGGUGCUCAAGUCUUCUUAGUCUCCAGCCUUGAUGUGUCUGACUAUGACUUCCCUGUGCUGGAGACCACACUUCUGAAGGACCUGCCUGCUCACAAGCGUCACAUCUUCAUGCUGAGCCUGCCCGCCCUUACAGAAGCCGCCAUUGAUCAGAAGAGAGAUUCCCUGAAGCAGAAGAUCUGGCUGGAAGCGCUGAAGGCCGGAGCAUCCGCCACCAUUCCCUUAAUGGCCCUUUUCAGUGAAAGUGAAAUAAAGAAGAUGGAGCAGAGCUUGGCCCUGUACAGGUCUUCCUUUGGGCUGGAUGAUGAAUCGCUAGAAAGGAUGGCAGAGGAUUUGAAUGUGUCCCUGGAAGAGCUCAAGGCAAACCUUCAAUCUCCUCACUUGCUGUUGGCUGAGGGUGAUGAGUCCUUUGGGGAGAAGAUGAAACAGAUUGUUGAGAAGGUUUUAGCAGUCACUGGGGGCCUCAUUGCCACUGGCCUAUACUUUGGAAAGACCUUUUAUUUGCAAAAUUAUUUCCUUGACGCUGUGGCAAGCGAUGCAAAAGCUCUCCUUAAGAAAGAAGAUCUUUUCCGUACCUCUGUAGGCUCUGUGGAGACUGACAGAAAAUAGGGAAACU